AUUUACCCGAGCCGAAAUCAACAAACACUCACUUUAAACUGAAUGGCAAUAGGGGGACAUGUUUGCAGGGUGACGCAUCACACAUCUGGAGGAGGGAGCUAUUUGCAGCAUCAGAUGAUCCGAACAUCAUCAGCAGCUUUCCUCUGUUAGUUCACUUCCAUAAAGACAGUUCAUUCUGACAGUUUUUCCCUGAUGUGCGAUUGUCAGUUUCGCUCGAGGUUUUAAGGUGUUUUGAUCAUAUCGGAGGCAGGAAGUGUUUUGCACCCACAUGGGCAGCGUUCUGGCUUUGUCUUCCGGUCCGGGCCAUCAGAACUGGCCUUUCUCCACGGACUCUCCUCCUUCCCGCUGGGACACUCAUCCUGCUCACUGGGACAGUCCACCACGCUGGGAGAGGAGAGAUGGACGCCUACCUAACCCAGGCAGCUUUCACUCUCUCCACAGGAGCUGCAAAGACGUGUUUCCUCAGCAGAUUGAGGGAGUCAAGAUGAUCAUCAAUAAAACUUUGAGCAGCUUCUUCAAGGUCAGUCACACACUCCACCUCAGUGCUGUCAGUCCUUCGUACUAUCGUUUCCACGUGGAGCAUUUGCAGUCUGACGAUUACAGCAAGGACAAGGAUGCCCCAGCGUUGAUCGGUGAGAUGGAUUCUUCAGGCAGUCUGAAUGCUCACGCUCUGCUGCAUCUCUCUGAGCGUGUAAGAGCCAGAACAGUGUACCAGACCCAGCAGUCCCAAUUUGUAACAUGGCAAUUUGAAACUGAGUACAGAGGGAGCGACUUCACCGCUGCAGUGACAGUAGCUAACCCGGACGUCCUCAGAGAGUCGGUUAUACUAGUGGCACACUUCCUGCAGAGCGUUUCCUCUGGUUUGGUGUUAGGAGGGGAGCUGGUCUAUCACCGAGGCCGGGCAGAAGAGGGAGGAAUUCUUACUUUAGCUGGACAGUACUCUAGACCAAAUUGGGUGGCAACACUGAAUGCAGGGAAAGGAGGUGCCCAUGCCAGCUACUAUCACAGAGCCAACAAACAGAUCCAAGUUGGGGUUGAGUUUGAAGCCAGUACCAGGACGCAGGAGACCACAACCUCAUUUGGGUACCAGAUGGAACUCCCGGAAGCAAACAUGGUCUUUCGAGGUAUGAUAAACAGUCGGUGCAUAAUAGGAGGAGUGUUGGAGAAGCGUCUGACGCCACUCCCUGCCACUCUGAUUAUGGGCGCAUUUGUAAAUCACCGUGGUGACAAGCUGCAAGUGGGCCUAGGUGUCAACGUGGGAUAAUCCUCCACUAACUUCUGCUGGAAUUACAACUGACUUACAACUGACUGUCAGGACAUCCGUCCAGAGAUCUUACAAAAACACCUCCUGUGAACCACCUUUGCAUUGUUUGGGUCUCAGAUCCCAACAUGUUUCCUAAAAUGAAUGCAUCUCAUCUUGCAACCUACCUCUCAAAAACGGAGGUGACGGAUGAAAAGGGAAGAAUGGGUGAACAUUUAGAGGGGCUCAACUACUGGGACUGGAUAUAUUUUACUGCCCCCAUGAUGUUGACUCUGCACAUCGCCUUCUGGACAAUGGAAACAAUAAAGGAUAAGAGGCAGAAAAUAAUAGUUUUAUACUGUCGGUAUAUAGACACUUAAUGUAAAUAGAUUGUAUUAGAAGAUUAAAGUGUUUUCAUGUUUUUGCCCAUUAACUAGAAUACUUGUAUACUUGACCUUUCUGCCAUUUUUAAACUAAUGAGUUUUGCCAUUUUACAAGCAGCCACUGAUAUACAUAUUUGAAAAUCAACUUCUCAAAACAGAAACUUGCUUUGGAUUGGUAACACAAAUCACUAAACUCACAUUAUUCUCUUCAUGUUGUCCAUAUUGGCUUCCCUCUGUCUCCUAAAUAUUGUAUUUUUGAGACUUCCCAGUGCUUGAAUGCACAGAUGAGGUACACUAACUGAGAAUGAAUGCCAAAAGGAUCUAAAAACAAAGAUGUUGGCAAUGCUUUAUGCGAGUUCCAGUAAAUGGGUGAAAUCAUGCUAAAACACCAAUACGAUCCUUAAAAGUGUGUGUAUGAGUAAGUGACUGUGUGUAUGAUUGGGCACCUUUCUUUGCCACUAUAUAAAAAUGUGGAUGAGCUCCACACUCUAACAAAUAAUAACCCUUUGACUCAAACAGAAAAGGUGCUGCCCCAUAAACUGUACACUAACCUCCACCUGAAGGAUGCUAGAGUGGCUGCGAGUCCUCUGAGCCACAGUUACUACUACUGUAUGUAAAUAGACAGCAGCGUGUGGAAACACUGAUCUGUAUGCAACCUGCACUACUCACGCUGCUUUAAAGGAAUAUGUGGUCCUAUUUAACAUAUGAAAUGUUGCAUAUUUAUUAUUUAUACAUCAUGUAGCAGCCUGUACACAGUGAAAGAAG